UUCUCCGCGGUCAGCAGUUGUCCCAGCAGCACCAAUUUUGCGUGCGAUAGGACUGCGUCCCAAGAAUAUACCUGUGAACGAUACCCAGAUGGGAGUGCCAAUGCAGGUCCAACCUUUAAAUGUCUCGAUGCACGGCAUUGUCGGCAGUCACUAUAAUUUUGUGCGUAUUGCCGGCUUGGGCGGUGCAUCGGCCAUUUUCAUGGGCGCCUAUUGUAAGUACUUUCUGAAGGAUGUCCAUGAUCCCAAGGAGCAGCUGGAGUCUCAGGCUUUUGCUGAUGUUGCCAAUCGCAUACAUUUUCUACAUUCAUUUGCACUCAUGUGCAUGCCUCUGGCACAUUAUCCAAUCUUUACUGGCGUUUUGAUGACUAUGGGCACCGUACUCUUUUCAGGCUGCAUGUAUUAUCGUGCUCUGACUGGGGAGAAGCGACUGCAGCAUUAUGCCACGAUUGGGGGCUUCUGUUUGAUUGGCGCCUGGCUGUCGCUGGUGGUCUAGAUUUGAUAUAUACGCACAUGAUAUGAUAGUUAAUAGAAAUACAAUGGCACACAGUUAUCUACAUAUAUAUAUAAAAUCAACUAAAGCUAAA